AUGACAUAUUUUGCAGAAGCCUCCAAAAGGAUGGUUUUUCAAAAUUUUUCAACUGAUGAUUGGAUUUACAGAGGAGAAGGCAAUUGUCAUGUGGUCCUCGCUUUACCAUCAACAAAACAAAUUUUAAGGAUAAGAAAAACAAAAUUAACUCUUGGAUUAUACAUUGUAAGGCUUCUGACAUGGUUAAGUGAUUUAAUUUACUGGUACUUUGGAACAGGAUUUAGAGAAGAAAAAGUUGACGUAAAAUUUUAUUUAAAAGUUAUGAGGCCCUUGUUUGGACAAACUUAUGUGUCAGAUGCAAAACAGGUUAUUUUGUCAACAAGUCAAAUAAAUUAUUUGGAAAAAAACUUGGAUAAACACAGGCCUGAGCAUAGAAAACAUAAAAUUUUAGAUUAUGGAAGAGCUACAUUAUUCGAUGAUUUUACUUGUAUUAAUAAUGAUUAUUUGCCCUUUAAUAUUUCCAAGGACACAUUUUCUUUUGAGUUUAAGCCCAAACAAGACUGGGAGCCACUAUUAAAUUUAAACAAACACCCAAGGCACACAUUUUGUAUGAACCAAUAUUAUAAGCUGGAAAAGAAACUUAUUUCCAAUCGCAGUAACUAUUGUCCACAUGAUUUAUUUUCUGGAACCGAAGAAAACGUUUCAAAGGCUAUUAAGAGUCUAAUAGAAACCCCACAAAAUAAUUUCAGGGUUUUUAAGAAUGGAGAAGAGAUAUACGGAGACAGUAAAAAGACAGACUUUUUGUUAAUUUUAAGUGAUUUAUUUGGUGAAUCUUUAAACAAAAAAGAUUUAAGUGUAUUCUAUGAUCUCAUGCAUGAAUGUCUGACCAAAAAUAUAGUGAGUCGCAAAGAACAAAACGAAUGUAACAAAAAAUGGCUGUGUGAAUGGAACAGACAGAUAAACAUGUCUACCAACUACAAAUUAGAAAAAGAUUCAGUAUUAGAGAAAAUACUUUCAGUGCAAAUGCUUAACACUGAGGGUGCUAGUUACUAUAAUAAAUUAAUGAAAAAUAAACAAAUCAAAGACUUGAAAUAUGUUAAUAAAGUUUUAAAGGAAGUAAAUAAACACCCAGGAACCUGUAUGAAGUGCAUAAUGAUGAUAUUGGGAAAUAAAGACAAAGAUUUGUUGAUAGUUCAAUAUUUAAUGGCAGCCGUUGCCAAUGAUUGUUCAUUUAUGGUUACCCUUAAAAGAAUUAAGGAUAAGGUGGAAGAUAUGGAAAUUGGUAAUAUAGUUCAUUCAAAAUAUGGAAGUUUUCUUGUGAGAAUAGGAAUAUUUGAUCUUUAUCCUAAACCAGUUUUCACAAUAACUAAACAUGAAAAAAGAAAUAAAGACAUUCUGGAUGCCUUUACGAGAAACAAUUCUUUGUAA